AUGGCGCCCAACGGGGUCACCAACGGCGCCUCGUCCACGAGAAAGCCGGAUCUUCACUUGGUGUCCGACGAAGACGCCGUCUAUGAGCAAGAUAUCCUCCGAGACUUGGGUAGCACAAAGCCUUGGCUUGCUUACAUUGAAUUCAAACUACAUCAUGGCACGGUGCAAGAGCAAGCCUUCGUCCUCGAACGAGCUUGCGUGCAACUCCCGCGAUCAUACAAGCUCUGGAAAAUGUAUUUGCAAUUCCGGACCAAACAUGUUGCCAAGCUCAAUGCCGCGGUCUUUGCUGCGGAAUACCGAAAGGUGAAUGCGCUCUUUGAGCGCGCGCUCAUCUUGCUCAACAAAAUGCCAAGAAUAUGGGAGAUGUACCUGAAAUUCUUGCUCAAGCAACCACUAGUCACAUUGACGCGCCGAACGUUCGACCGAGCCCUCCGCGCGCUUCCCAUCACCCAGCACAACAGAAUCUGGGCGCUGUUCCGACCGUUUGCGAACUCGGCGGCCGGCGAAACGGCAGUCAAGAUUUGGCGGCGAUAUAUGCAAGUACAUCCCGAGGAUGCCGAGGACUUUAUCGAGCUCCUGAUUCAGGUUGGAUUGUAUACAGAGGCCGUCAAGAAGUAUAUUGACAUUCUCAACAAUCCACGCUUCAACAGCAAGCAUGGAAAGGGACACUACGAGCUGUGGAGCGAAAUGGUCGACCUACUGGUUGAGCACGCCACCGAAAUCGAAACCGGACAUGAGACGGGCAUCGACGUGGAAGGUAUUAUUCGCAGCGGCAUCGAUAGAUUUCCUGACCAGAGGGGCAAGUUGUUCUGUGGUCUGGCAACUUACUGGGCCAGGAGAGGAAGUUUUGAGCGCGCAAGAGAUAUCUUCGAGGAAGGUGUGACAACUGUCAUGACAGUCCGUGAUUUCACCCUGGUCUUUGACACAUAUGCCGAGUUUGAAGAGUCAAUCAUUGGUGCGCUCAUGGAAAUGGCAUCGAAGAGAGCAGAGGGCGGCGAUGAAGAUGAAGAUGCCGACUUUGAUCUCGAUAUUCGCAUGAUGCGGUUCGAGCAAUUGAUGGAUCGGAGACCAUUCCUGCUCAACGACGUGGUGCUGCGACAAAACCCCAAUAACGUGGCAGAAUGGGAGAAGAGGGUAGCUCUUUGGGGCGACAACAAACAGGAAGUGGUCGACACAUAUACAAACGCUAUUGCUGCUAUCCAACCAAAGAAGGCUGUCGGUCCAUUCCAUCAGCUGUGGGCCAACUAUGCAAAGUUCUACGAGUCUGGCGGGGAUAUUCGAAAUGCCAGAGUCAUUAUGGAAAAAGCUGUCAAGGUUCCCUUCAAGUCGGUGGCUGAAUUGGCUGAAAUGUGGAUCGAAUGGGCCGAGAUGGAGCUUCGGAACGAGAACUUUGAUGAGGCAGUCAGAAUCAUGGCCAAGGCCGUGCAAGCACCCAAGAGGUCGACGGUGGAUUACUUUGACGAGACGCUGUCCCCACAGCAGAGGGUUCACAAGAGUUGGAAGCUGUGGAGCUUCUACGUUGACCUGGUGGAAUCAGUUUCCUCGCUCGAGGAGACCAAGAAGGUUUACGAGCGCAUAUUCGAGCUGCGCAUCGCCACUCCACAGACUGUGGUCAACUAUGCCAACUUGCUAGAGGAGCAUCAGUACUACGAGGAUUCUUUCAGGAUCUACGAGCGUGGUCUUGAUCUCUUCAGCUGGCCUGUCGCUUUCGAGCUUUGGAACCUAUAUCUCACCAAGGCUGUCGACCGUAAGCUGGGGAUCGAACGUCUCCGUGACUUGUUUGAGCAGGCGGUUGAGUUCUGCCCUCCCAAGUUUGCAAAGACGCUGUACCUCAUGUAUGGCAAUCUGGAGGAAGAGCGCGGGCUGGCACGGCACGCCAUGCGCAUCUACGACCGAGCUACUCAGGCUGUCUCGGACGAGGACCGCGCCGACAUGUUCAACUUUUACAUUACAAAGUCGGCGUCCAACUUUGGUCUCCCGUCGACGCGCAGAAUCUACGAGCAAGCCAUUGCCGCGCUACCCGACGAAGAGGCCCGUGACAUGUGUCUCAAGUUUGCCGACAUGGAGAAGCGUCUUGGUGAAAUUGACCGAGCCCGAGCCAUUUACGGCCACGCCUCGCAGUUCUGCGACCCGCGCACCAACCCGGCCUUUUGGACCAAGUGGGAGCAGUUUGAGGUACAACACGGCAACGAGGACACGUACCGCGAAAUGUUGCGCAUCAAGCGGUCCGUACAGGCGCUCAAGAAUACCGACGUCAACUUUAUCGCCUCGCAGGCCAUUGCCCGCAGCCAGGCCACCAAGCAGCAGGUUGCCGACGGCGAGAUGGACCAGGAGACGGCCGACGCCAUGGAGCAGCUGGAACGGCAGGCCCGCGCACCAGUCGGCUUCGUGGCCAGCAGCACAGGCAUUACCGGAACACUGGCGCAGGACGAGCAGCCAGCGCAGGCCGUCAACCCGGACGCGAUCGAUAUCGAUGGAAUGGAUGAUGAAUAA